AUGUGGUGUCGAACUUGGCGACUUCUGCUCAAGAUACAGUAUCCACAACAAGUGAAAGGUACCAUCGCGCGUGAUUUGCCCUCUUCGAGUUCGUCCGUUUCGAGGAGAAAGCGUCAAUUUACCAACACAAAUCGUACCCCUGCGUCGACAAACUCCUCUUUCACCAAAAAUGCACAGCAUAGCGGCAUCUCGAAUAGCGCCAAUGGAGGAGGCGACUCAAGGUUUACCCCCUCCGCGGCGCGUGUUCGGGGCCAUGGAGGGGGGUUGACGCGCGAACUCAAACCUGGGGAACCCAUUCCACAAAAUUUAUCUUCUUCCUCGCAGGGCUCGAAAACGGGUUCGUCGUCUUCCCAGCGUGCCCGCUAUCGCGCCUUUCAAGAGCAGCAGCAAUCCACCAAAGAGUUCGAGGCGUGUCGAGACGGCACCACCGCCUCCCUGCUCACGCCGUUCCCACGGAAGUACGCCUUCUACGACGGGAUUGACGAGCACGGGGUGGAGCCCGUGAAGCCCACGCGGGAGAUGCGGCGUAAAAUGAUGCAAGAGGCCUUGGAAUCCCAGGCGGUCUCCGUCGUCGAGUUCACGGAAGGCGGGGAGGCCGACAUCGACCUUAAUGGGCUCCCGGAAGCCGAGUAUCACGGCCGUAGUGGGUGGACGACCAUCCCAAAGGACUCCGCCCUUUUUAACAGCGUCUACGCGCGGGAGGAGUUGGAAUCGCGGCAGCGCACCAACUCCUGGCGCGUGGCCCGUCUGCGAGCGGCCUCCACGACGCCCACGGGGCCCCUUCAAAGCGCGAACGACACCACCACAGCCUCCGCCGAGGAGGCGCCCCCUGAGGUCCUGGAUGCCGAUCGUCGCCGCCGCCAUCACGAUGAGGGGGGUUACUCCCACCAGAUCGAAGGUGAGCUGUUGGAGCCGAUGUUGGAAAGUAUCGGCCACCCACGGAGUGUCUACGGGCUGCGAAAGAUGUACGUCAACGGUUUGAUGGGCUACCAAGGCAUCAUCUCGAGGGCCGAGGAGGCCGCGAUCUGCGAUGAGCUGCUGCAGUUGCUUCAGCAUCCAAAGGCAGCCUAUAUCGCCGAGGAAUCCCGCUACUGCGUGAACCUCUACGAGCCCGGCGAUCUCGGUCUUCCCGGGAAGGACACCCUCGCCUUUGCGUUUUCCCGCGCCCCGACGCUGCAGCGGGUGCUUUAUCGAUUCUUCUUCCUCGGCCUCAUCCCUUCCCCGCCGAAUGUUUGCCAGAUCAGCGAGAUGAUUGGGAACUUUUCGGGCUACCCAGUUCAUCGCAAACCGGCAAGCAUUGGGGCCUACUUCGGUCUCCUUAACCUCAUCUCCACCACCGUCGUGCACCUGCAGCAUCACGACUGCCCGUGGUACCCUCGGCUGCACGUCAACCCGCGUUCGCUUUUCGUGGUGACGGAGCCCUGUCUGGGGGAGUACGGGGUGGGUUACAAGCGAACCCACGAGCCGUUUCACACCUUCGAGUACGCCAUGCGAGUAUCGAAGGAUUACCGGAUCGAGGUCCUCUUUGCGACGGUGGAAACGUCGCACAACCAAUUGCUCCGCGAAUCCAUCGCCCUGACGGAAUACGCCCAGAAACAGUUAACGGACGGCGCAGCCGCGACGCAGACGGGGGUGGAGGAAACCGGUGCGUAUCCAAAUGGCACCUCGACAUCGAUGGAUCCGUGGCUUCAAAAACUUCGCGAUCAGCUUCACGCGAGGGAAGUCAUGUCGUCGAUGGGGUUGUCAUCGCAGGAAGCGAGCCACCGUGGUAUCGAAGCCACCCCUGGUGUGUUCCUUCCGCGUGCGAAUGACGGCCUCGAUAUGGGGGUGAAGACGGUUAUUGUGGAUGGGCAUGCCCUACGGCGUGAGAUGGAGGCCAAACUCCUCAUCGGGCAAACGCCGAGGACGUUUCGUAUCCACGAGGAAGAGCCCUCUUCUGCGGACGCGCCAGCAGGGUUGGUAUCUCCGAAGGAAGGGAAAAAGGCGGGGAUAUCUUCCCCGGCGCGGAGGCGGCUGGACGCGUUAAAGACACGGCAUGAGUUUGCUAAGCUGCUCAAAUCGCAGAUCCCUGCGUCCAGAUCGAACGACGGGCCGACACUCAUUCGUGGUCACUCCCCACGCGAUGGAAAAAAUUUUUAA